GCCCGAGCGAGCGCGCGAGCGCGGGCGCCGUGCCGGGGUGGGCACCACCGCGGGCGCGCCAGCGCGCUCUCCCCCCCCCCCGCCGGGCCUGUGGUGGGCUGUGGCGGGCCGCAUGGCCUUCCGGCCGCCCGACAGGGGCGAUGGCGAGCUCGGCGCGAGCGGGCCGCUCGGCGUGAGCGGGUCGCAGCGCGACCGGGAGGCGCGCGAGGCCCCGUCGCCCCACCUGCCGCUGUGGCAGGGCUCCGCCCAGCUGCAGCGCCUGUACGCGCUGACGCGGGAGCUGGAGUGCCUCUGGGACGCCCUCGAGGCCGACGAGGCCGAGCGGCGUGGCGACACGGAGGCCGUGGUCGCUCUGGCCAUCAAGGAGAGGUCCUGCCCGGCCUGA